AUGUGCAAGUUCUACUACGAAGUGACCGUGUGUCGGUGCCAAGAGGCUGACCGCUGCCUCGGCGCGCUGCGCACCAGCCAGAUCAACAUUGGCGGCACGCCCUACCACAUCAUCAGCGAUCCGGUCCAUCGGAGCGAGGCGUGCGCCCGGAGGAGGGUCAGGGAGCGACAGCUCUCGGCAUCGCGCGAGUGCUUCCAGACGACCAUCUCCUCACGCCGCGGGCCCUCGGGGGACAAGAUCCUCUACGUCUUUACAUCAAGGCCCUGCACCAUGUGCCAGUUCAUCCAGGUGCAAGAGUUCUGCCCCUGCACCGCCGACGACAAGUGCCGGCGGCUCGACGAGUCAGUGCAGACGCCGUUCGGCCUGCGCCACCUGGUCAACCAGACAGGCAUCGUCACCGUCGUCUGCAAGCAGCGCCGCUUCGUCAUGUCCCACGCGGCCUUCCCCGCGCGCGAGUGCCCCAACACCUCCGAGGCCUCCCGGGCCGGCCCCGGUGGCGACAGCUGCACCUACGAGCCGGCUGACAGGAUGUGUCAGCUGUGCGCCGACUUUUGCUGCCUGCCGCGGGGCGUCUGA